AUGUCGAAUUUGUCACUAAAAUGUUUGAUAGAAACAAACAAGUUGACUGGGUCAAACUUCACGGAUUGGCUCCGUUGCUUGCGUCUGGUCUUAAGGCUAGAGAAGAUUGAGUAUGUCUUGGACAACCCAAUCACUGUCAUUCCUGACAAGCAGUCUGCUGAGUAUCCAUCAUUUGAUGAAGCUGCUCACAAGAAGCAUGUCGAUGAUGCAACAUCGGCACAAUGUGUGAUGUUGUCCUCUAUGACUACGGAGUUACAGAGGCAACACGAACACAUGUUCCCUUAUGAUAUGCCGAAACACUUGAAGAGUCUGUAUGCUUCAGAAGCUCAGACUAUGGAGUAUGAGAUACUCCGAGAUCUCUUUAAAUGUAAGCUUCAUGAUGGGGGUCAAGUUUCUGAUCAUGUACUGAAGAUGAUCGAGUUGAUUGAGAGGUUGGCAUCGAUUGGAACGAUGAUACCCGCUACUGUCUCUAUCAAUCUGAUUCUGCAGUCUUUGCCUGCCUCAUUUGAAAACUUCAUUGUGAACUUCAAUAUGAACGGCACGAAGGCAAGCCUGCCUGAGCUUCAUAACAUGUUGAAGACCUAUGAGUCUUCCACCUCUAAAGGCAAAUCUGUGCUCAUGGUGAGCUCUACUGCCACGUCUUCCAAAAGGAAGUACAAGCAGAAGAAAAAGCAGAAGAAGGCAUUUGAUGCUAGUUUGAAGCCUAAAGGUGGAGGGGCUCAGAAAAAGCCGAAGUUGCCAAAGGAUGAGUGCUUAUAUAUUCUGUCAUGA